AUGAUGAUAGCCCGACCCGAGCGCCCAUCUCUAGCCGGUGGGUCGCAUACGUACGCUCGUUGUGCGCUGCCCACUUUCAAUUGCCUGAGCUCUGAGCCUCUGCCUGCGCUGCGCCAUGCCAUGCCACGCCACGCCACUCUGCGCUGCUCUGCUAUGUCGCUGUCUCUGCUUACACCUCCGCCACCGCCUCUGCCUCUGCCUGUCUUUCCCAUUGGCAGUGACAGUGUCUCCUCUGCUCGGGUAUUUAUACAAUUAGCUGGAUAUAAGCUCUACAUAUAUUUGUUUUUAGUGGCUGGAUAUGUGCUGAAUGCUGUGCUGCACUGCUUUGGACAGAGCGGCAGCUAUAAAUUGCCCGAUUCCACGCGGAGUGCCAAUCAGCCGCCGAAUCUAACAGUAUUAUCAGGAACAGGCUCGAUAACGGCUACCUCCUCCAGUUCCACGCCCAUUGCACGCCAAUCAAAGUCCGGCAGCGCCCUCAGUCAGGCCCUCUAUGUGAGCCAUGCCGCCGCAGGCUCCUCUGGUGGUGGCAACGGUGGUGGCAACGGUGCUGCCAGCAGCAGCAGCAGCACAGAGAACAGUGACCUGAUGAUCCGGCUGAGGGAGUCCAUCAAGCAGAAGGAGGAGUUCCUUAAGUCACCGGUGCCCACCACCAUCAGCUCAAGCUCCUCCUCCUCCACCAACACCCCUGGGACCAAUGGCAAUCAGGCACAAUCGUCGCCGGCUCAACAGCAACAACAGAACAGCAGCAGCAAACGCCACAGCAGCAUCAGCAUCAGCAUUUCUUUCCCUCACACACUCCGCCGGGAGUUGCAGCAGGUGCUCCAAUUGCCCCACCGCCACGUGGUCGCCAUCAGGUGCUCAUGAAGCAGCAGCAA